CCUUCAACCCUGUAAGAGUCGUGGAUCUGCAGACGCUGCUCUUCACACAUUCAGCAAGUCUGUGUUUUUACUUCUGUAGUGUCUUUAACUUCAGCUCCAGAUAACAAACAGCAGCAAUGCAGCUUCGUGUCCUCGCUUUGCUCCUGCUCCUGCUGUGCAUGUGUCCAGUUCUGGCACAAGGUUCUUAUGAAAACUGUUGCCUGAAGUACGGCUCGGAGCCGAAAGCCCGAUUCAAGAAGAAAGUUGUGAGCUACAGGAUUCAGGAGUCUGAUGGAGGCUGUAACAUCCCUGCUGUGAUCUUCACUCUUGAAUUGAAGAAGUCACGAAUCCUCUGCGCCGACCCCAAACAGCCCUGGGUGAAGAUUCUGACGAGGUACGCAGACUGGCAAUCAAAACGCACAAAAUCGAAGAACUGAGUUCCUUUCUGUUGGUUUCUGAUGGUUUAUUGAUAAAUAUCAUGGGAAAAGAUAUUCUGAACAGCUCAUCACCUUAUAGCCCUGAUUUAAUCCUCUUUAUAAGAAGUUUAUACAGUAGCUUUACGCUAAUAUUUUGACUUUAACAGAAACAAUAAGUGCACAACAUUUCCUUCAUAGUUCAUGAUGAAUAUUUUGUAUGUAUUUGUUUUCUGCAGUUCAGUGUUAGUAGUGAAUGUAAAUAUUAGACAUCAGUGUUCUGGUGUUCUGCUGUUACACUUCUGAUGAUCUUCAGCUCUUUCUGCUCUCCUCCAGACUUCUCUCGAAUCCCUUCGUUUUUUUGUUUUUUUUCUUUUUAUAAAUUUUUGUUCUCACUGUAUUUUUGUAUGCUUUCUGGUGCAGCACAUUAUCUUACAUUAGUGUGUGUGUGUGUGUGUGAGAGAGAGAGAGAGAGAGAGAGAGAGAGAGAUGAAUAAAAGAGGGACUUGUGUAAUUGUUGUUCAUAAUAAAGAAAUAAAUAUA